AUGGAGACUCCUGGCCGGCCGGGCGGCAGCCGCGAUGUGUGCAUGGAGGAGCCUGGUGGGGCUGAGCAGCGGUGGUCGCGGGCGGCCCGGGCCUUCGUCCGCGAGACCCUCUGCCCUGCGGGGCCGGGCGGCGGCGGCCCUGAGCAGCUGGCGGACUCGGUGAUGCGGUGCCUACGGAGCACGUGGGGUGGGCGGAGCGGGGAGCUGCCGCUGGGCUACAGCUUCAUCUCCAUCUCUGACCUCCAGUGCCAACAACGCACACCCUGCUGUAGUCACAUGACCUGGAGCACCAGUGACUUCAAGAAAUGGGCUCACCAAGGUGAGGUCAUCUUGCCCAAACAGUGUGUUCUGCCACGGACUCACUUGAUCCUGAUUGGCUACCUGACGGAUGGAAGACAGCAGAAGGGGAAAGAGAAGCUAAUGGAUGGCAACCUGUAUGUGCAAGACAGCACUGGUUCAAUUCCCUGUGAGCUCCUGCAUUUUGAAUCUGAGUGGCUGGAGCUACUGUUUCUCUUCCCCAGCUGGGCAUACAUACCACAGACGAAUCAGGGCUCAGCUGGAUAUGUGGAAAUUCUGGCAGACCCAGUGCCAGUGGAUCCUCGACCAGAGAGAGUGGUUGACACCAUCCCUGUCUUGUACCCACCAACAGCUGCACAAUUGCUCAGCACGAGGGUUCCACGUCAGAAAAGAGCAAAGCUGAAUGUGGCAGGUGAGCUGGCCAGACUCAGCACCCUCCUGUGCAUCCACCACAAGACGUUUUUUUUCCUCUUUCUGAAGUGCUUCACCUCUGCUGCUUGUGUCCCAGUGCUGGUGCAGAAACCUCCCCAGCUAGCUUGGCACCACAUGCUCCAGUUGGGCCAUGGCUAUGUGCUGACAGCAUUGAGUGUGUCCAGCCUGAAGGCAUCGGGGCACAAGGUACUCGUCACCAGCUUCUCCUCCUGCCUCCUGCCCUACUGUGCAGAGCAGGUGAAGGAGCAGCCUCUGGAAAUUGUCUGGCAGGGAGGACCAAUUCAGCCAGUUUCCCCUGAGGCCGCUGUGCACCUCCCCCUGGAGCUGACAGAUGAGAAGUUGCCAGUGCCAGCUAAAGAGUCCAAGAUCCUGUCAUACAUGGGGAUCAUCACCCGAGUACUAAACGCCCAGGCUGGCCUCUAUGAGCUUGAUAACAAGAUCUGUCUGUGCCUUGCUUACCAGCAGCUGUUGAACUCUGCCCGUGGACUCCGACCAGGAGCAUGCGUGGAGCUCCGAGACGUCCACCUCUUGCAGAAGCCCCUGGCUUCUUUCCCCUUUGCUGUUGUCCUUGGUGCCUGUCUGCACAGCAUUGUCCUUCUCAAGGGUUUCUCAAGGCUCAGCACCUUCCACCAGCCUGUAGCCUCCUCUAGAAAUCUCUACAUGCAACUGCUCUUCCAGUAUAACCUAGGCCUGCCACUCUAUCUGUGGCUGGUGAGCCUGUUGGAGAUGCUGGAGCAAAGGUUUUGCUGUUUCGUUGGGUGCCGGCGGCUGUUCAUCCGCUCUGUGCCUCAAGGCCCUGGAGUAGCCGAGAAGUUUCUUGUCCCCAUUCUGAACGCUGUGGUGCCUUCUAAGGCGCGAGUGAGAGAUGUUCAUCAUGAGAUCCUAGCAGAAAUGCACCAUUGUCCCCUGCAGCAGUAUCAGCCCCUGGAGCCCCCAUGCCAGGCCCCACCUCUUUCUCUGCUGCGCUCUGUGGCUGAGCAAAGAAGCAAGGAAGCCUUUAAUCCAUCGCAGCUGCUGUCCCCCUUGGAGGCUCAGCACAUGGGCACCCAAGAGCUGAAUCGCAGACUGGCUUGGUCCUAUGAUACAUUCUCAGCAAAGAGCUUCCAACCCCGAAUGGUGUUGCUGGGGGUGUUGAGAGCUUCCUGCAGCAGCGGCUCCCUUCAGCUGCGGGACAAGAGUGCUUCGAUCCCCUGUGUGAUCUCCCGCAGGGAUGGGAGCCCCUUCGCUGACACGGCUCUCAUAGGGUCCCUUUUGCAGGUGGAAACCUACCAGCUUGUGGUGGAGCGAUUCCUUCAAAGUGACUUUCCCUCCUGGGAGCAGCUGUGGACCCUGGAACAUGUGAGGGGCAGAGAAACAAGGCUGUAUGUGCAAUUCUGCUUUGAAGAUGUGCAGAUUCUUCAUACGCCUGAGGUGCAAGUCCAAGAGGGUCCCACAAGCAGUGACAGUCCCUCGUUGGGGAAAAAGGAUGUUCGCAGCUCAAAGGUUGAGCUGGGAUCUCCAGAGGCAAAGCUGCCAAAGUUGGAGGGGACCAGCCCAGGAGCUGGCUCUGAAGAGGGCUGUGAUAGAGGCCAGAGCAGUGCCAGAGAAACCAGCUGCAUGUCUCGUCUAUUCCUGGUCACCCAGAAAGAGGGGCUUAUGUCACGCAACUACCUGCCGGCUGCAGAAGGAGAUGGAGAGGGGCAGGAGUUGCAGCUCAGCUUCCAGGCCACCAUACUCUGGGUGGACAAACCUCAGCUCUGGGGGCAUCCCAGGGAAAUUGGGAACCUGCCAGAGCUGGAGCAGACCAACCAUCAGAGAGAGGACAGCGAGGCCCAGCAGAGGGUGCUGCUGCUCUUUAUGGGGAGAUCACUUCGAUGGUUCCCAUUCCUGCACCCGGAUGGGCUGUACCGGCUUAUUGUGCCCCAGUGUUUGGACUUUGGGGUGUUUGAGCGGCCCUGUCUCUCGCCGUUGCAAGGGAGGCUUCUGAACCCGUCGGGCUGCUCCUCGUGCCUGCUAGUUUCAGCUACCUGGCACCUACAGCAUGAGACCUGGAUCUCCUGCCUGGCUCAGCCCCAGGUGAUUCCAGGUUCAGAGCGGGCAGGAAUGGGGCAGACAGUCUUCUCCAUUCCAGAGCUACUAAGCAGCAGUUUCACAGGCUCCCUUGUCUCUUUCUCUGGUGAGAUAGUGGAGCGGACCUUGUGUGCUUCCCCUGGGAAUGAAAAGCUCUCUGCGCCCUGCAGCAAGCGGCGGCAGAAAGGGACCCUCCUGCCCUGGGAUCACAGUGUGAAGCUGAGUGUCUCAGCUGCACUUGGCUCCUCUGUUGUGCUGGAUGUUUACAUAGCAGUUGCCUACCUUCAGCAUCUCUGGGGUUUGCUGCCUGGGGCCAAGAUUCUCUUCCAGAACCUGCAGCGCAAAAUCUCCAGGUUCCAUAAUGUUUAUUGCACGUACAUUGCCUCCAGCUGUAUCAGCAUCCUGGCUCUGCCACCCCCCUGCUUGCUCCUUUCCUCCAAUCCUGCAGGUAUAGCCUCCAAGUCUCCUGCAGCCACAUCCCCCUCGCUGGUGUUUCUGUCCAAGCUGCUGCUUCAGCCUCACAGCCUGUCCCAGGGCCAGAUCCUCUGCCACUUAUCCUGUGUCCUGGCUUUGUCCCUGCAAUGGAUCUGCUCCGUCUGCAGCAGCAUCUUCAGAGAGGGGAGGUGCAGCCGACACAGCCCAUCCUGCCCGUCACAAACAGGAGUGAGUCAAGCCAGCGCCAAGAUCCUGGUGGAGGAUGGAACAGGUGAGGCUCUGGUGCUGUGCAAGAACCAGCAGGUGGCUGCAGUGUUAGGCCUGAGCCCUGUGGAGUGGAAAGCUGUGCAGAGCAAUGUGCAGAGAAGGGGCAGCAUUUUCAUUCAGCAUGGAGGAGCCAAUGCCAGACCUGGGUGUGUGGAGGAGCCUGAAGACCUUGUCACCUGCUACCUGAAGAGCCUGUGUAGGAGCCAUGCCAUCUGCCGGCCCAUCCUGCUGGCUUUCAGCCUCAACAGGAAGUCGUCAAAGAUUUCCCAGCCAGAUUCACUGCAGCUGAGAAGGUUUCUGUGUGGUGAGAUGGAGUUUGUGUCCCGAGUGGGAGCUCGACUGAGCCUGACGUGCCUGAACAUCCAGGAGGCAGAUCCCAAAGUCUUGUGCGGUCUGAGCAGCAAGAGGAUCAAAACAUCGAUCGGUCACUCAGCUUGAGGCCUGGUCUCUCACCUCUGUCCAUAGGGAAGGAAUGAGAGAGCCCUGGCUGAGUCUACAGGCUGUGGGCUGCGACUGGAGUGUUUGUUGUUAGGGCUUUGGGGUCAGUGACUGAGGGAUGGAAUUGAUUGAGUGUUUCUUGAGGGAGGUCAUUCUGAGACUCUUGAUGCGGCCAAUUGAGGGCUAAAAAUCUGGGAGUGACCUGUGCUCAUCCCAACUUAGCACUCAGCUGUGGGCUGGACACAAUACAGUUUGUGUGUAUUUUACAGUAUAAUAUCUAAUGUAAAUAAAAGUAUUUUUAACAACA